AUGGUUAAAAUUAAUAAUAUAAUUGAUAAGGAAGGUUUUUUAGAUGUUGAUAGUAAUAUAAUCGAUGAGAAAGGUUUUCUAGAUGUUGAUCCAGCUAAAAAAACUGAAUUUGAAGUGUUUUCUAAAGAUGAGGUGCCUAAAGAUAAUAAUGAUGAUGUAACUCAAAAAUGUUACACUGAUGAUUGUGAAGAUAAAAUUCGUGAUAUAACAAAUAUAGAAAUACAGCAAAUUAUGCUGAAACAGGUUAUUGCUUUUGUGGGAGGGAGCGAUGAAGAGUCUGACGAAGAAAUAGAAGCUAAAGAAAAAAGUAACAAUAAUAAAGAAAGUGAUGAAAAUAGCGAUAAAGAAAGCGAUGAAGAUAAAGAAAGCGAUGAAGAUAAAGAAAAUCAAAGACCUGUAUUGUUAAAUCUGAAAAAACGCUGUAGAAAAAGUCGACCAGUUGGAAGUAAGCGCUUGAAAUUCUCACAUGAAUCUAAUAUCAAGGGAAGGCAACAGAGACGCUGCAAAAAAUGUGGUGGCAUGGGUCAUUAUUAA